AUGGUCGAGAAGGACCCGACCUCCCCUGUAUCGCCUCUCGCACCGUUUCCCCCAUUGCCGCCGACGGAGUCCCGCAGUCGCGCACCAGAAUUUUACGGUUUCGUGGCCUGGACAUCCACGUACCUGUUGUUCUGUGUCUACCUCCUAUGGGCUCUUCUUCCGGACACAUACCUCAUCAGUCUCGGAAUUUCUUGGUACCCAAAUCGGGAAUGGGCUAUUCUCCUUCCGGCAUACUCAAUCGUCCUAGCGUUGUUGACGUAUUUCACCUACUUCGCACUGGCGCUGUCCGGCACGCCACCUUUCUCUGAUAUCAGUACGAUAACAGAUUCAAGAGCGCAUCUGCCGCCUGAUGGCGAGGAGAACCCGUAUUUUGCUCAUGCAAGGCCUAACGCUAUCCCGGAGAUGUACGAUAUACCCAUAGGGAUGGUUAACCGUGUCGUAUACGGUAGCCGCAGAAAUCGCACUGAACAAGAGAGAGCGCACUUAUAG